CGGCAUUCAAAAACACAUCAACACUUCACUACGUCUCCCAAUAUCAACCGCAACCAUGCUCUCCUGGAAGACCCUAUCACUGCUUGUUGCGGCCGCUGUGGCCAUGAACGGCGUCACUGCCAUUGAGCAGGGCUACGGUGGUGGUGUGAAGUUGCCGUCUGCCACCACGGCGACACCCUCGGACCAGUCCGUCGUGCAGGAAUCACCGACUUCGGUGGAUGCGUCGUCAGCUCUGGACCAGAGCACCGAAACCAACCCGCCGUCGACGUCGUACCCUAGCAAGAGCGAUACAGCUUUACCGAGCGGCAGCGGCAGCAACGGGCUGUAUACGGGCAGCGCCGUGGAGGGUUCGUCCGAUAUCGAUCAGGGCACCUCGACUCCAACUCCCGGCAAAACGGGUAUUACCUCGAGCAAUUCCGGCAAUGACGACGCGUACACCGGCAGCGCCGUGGAGGGUUCGGCCGAUAUCGAUCAGGGCACCUCGACUCCAACUCCCGGCAAAACGGGUAUUACCUCGAGCAAUUCCGGCAAUGACGACGCGUACACCGGCAGCGCCGUGGAGGGAUCGAGCGCCAUUGACCAAGGUAGCAGCUCGGUUGCCUCGACAAGCGGCUCCAGUGACGUGACCGUUGGCAGCCAAGAGCAACAGGGUUCGUACGUCAGCAGCGCCUCAACGUCGUUUGCGGGUAGCUCUGCCACCGGCAGUGACGUUGCUGGUUCAUCAGCUAUUGAGACAAGCACUUCGGGUUCGGAGCCGUGCGAGGGAUCUCUGUCACUCGCCGGUAGUUCGAGUGCCAGCCAGUCAACACAAGGAUCGGCGACUCAGAACCAGGGCAGUGAUGAAACCACCCCGACCAGCGAAGCCGGCAGCGAGGCCACUACACCCACGAGCGAUGCUGGCAGCGCAGCCACGACCCCUACCAGUGAGGCCGGAAGCGAGGCUACAACUCCGUCGAGCUCGACCGGCAGUGACUCGACCGGCAGCGACUCGACCCCGACGCAGACAGGAGCGUCGGCUGCCACGGAGAGCAGCGGCUCGGCUACUUUUCCGAGCACGGGCACGAGCUGCAAGCUUCGUCUUCGCCGAAACUAGAUGGUUAGAUGUACCAGUCAGUGUGUGUGUAUUAUGAUAAUGGAUGUAAGUUUGUCAAUACAGACCGGUAUUCAGUC